CAGUGCAAGUGCUGCUUACUUACUCAGUCUAUUCUAAUGCAGCUCUGAUUAUGAAUGUGAGUCCACCUAAAAAAGGCACAAUCAAGUCUUUAUCGGUGAUUCGAUUUGUCUCUAUGACUUGGGUAGCAGCAGGACAUAUUUUAAUGCAAGAUGUGAUAGGCGACAGCGUUUUACCAGUGUUCACUGUGUGGGAUGCUUCUUUGUCAAAUACGAUCACGAACGGAUUUUUCUCAGUAGACACAUUUUUUCUUUUAUCCGGACUUCUUGUAACAUAUAUAUUCUUCAAAUCGAAACCAAAAGCCAAAUUUGUGAAGAAUCCGAUGGUUUGGGUGAUGUUCUACGUGCACCGUUAUCUCAGACUUACACCUCCUAUAAUGAUGUUUGUUGGAUUCUACGCAGUCUUAGAUCCUUUUAUUAACGGCCCAUGGGUUCAAGCAAACAUGGAUUUCAUCGCAGGAUCAGUAGAAAUGUGCAAAAAAUACUGGUGGCGCAAUGCGCUGUAUAUAAAUAAUUUUUUUCCUGCUGCAGAGACUUGUUAUAUUAUAACUUGGUAUCUUGCCGUUGACACUCAGCUCUAUUUUAUAACUCCGGUAUUCAUCAUAGCGCUGUUCAUUUCUCCUAUAUUUGGAUUAUUGUUACUUCUUGUCUGUGUCGCAGCAAGUGUCGGAUAUGUGUACGCUAUGACCAUCAAAAACUCCUUACCUGCUAUCGUCUUCGGAAUCCCUUGCUUUGAAAAAUUUUGGGACUUCUUUACCGACCAGUACGAGAAGCCCUGGACUCGUUGUCCACCUUUCUUGGUAGGAUUGGCUGCGGGUUAUAUACUAGCAUUGGGAAAGAAACCAAGGUUAAACAAAUUUUUCAUUGUACCACUUUGGAUAUUAGCGGCUGCAGUCGCGCUAGCCUCACUCUACGGUUCUCAAAAUUAUCAAGCAGGAAAUGAUGCAUGGAGUUCUGUUGUGAGCGCAACAUACAACAAUUUCUCACGAAUUGGGUGGGCAUUGGCAGUGGCUUGGGUGAUCAUGGCAAAUCAUUGGGGAUGGGGAGGUUUGAUUGCGAAAUUUAUGGAUCAUCCUGCGUGGCAACCAUUAGGCAGGUUGUCAUAUUGUGGCUACAUCACGCAUUUCUUUCUUCUUCGCUACAUUCACAACUUAGACGACCGACCAACACAUUUUACAUCCCUUUGGCGCAUGUACAUCUACAUGGUCAUUCCUACCAUAGUUGUCUCCUAUGUGUUCUCAUUUUUCUGGAGUUGCCUUUUUGAAGUGCCUGUGGUAAAACUGGAGAAAAUGCUUACCGAUGGACUACUUCCGAAAAAAACACCCACUGCAAAACCUGAUAUCGAAGGAGGAAAGACUAAAGAGCCAGCUGGGAUCACAGUGGCUGAACCGAGAAAUGGAAAAUUAAUUAAGGAAGGAGAUAGAAAAGAAGGACAAAGUGGCGCUGAGGAGAAUGCUGAAACACUUAGGAAUAUAAGAACUAAAACAAAGGAAGUUUCUCGAUUUUGAUGUUUUCCAAUUUUGAUUUGGGUUAUAAAAUGGCAAAGUUUUGAUGAUGAUGAUUGAUUAUGCUGGUUCAUCUGUUGUGUUUGUCCCAACCUGUGGACACAGCUGUGUGAAUGGUGCAUUGAACAGCUUAUCUCGUCUUAGAAUGAGAGUAAACUCAACGUGUAACAUGUAAUCAGUUUAACUUCAGAAUUUUUGGUAUCCUGAUGAAUCGUAGAUAAUCAGUAAGUUUUAGGUAUUGAACAUAGCCAUUGGAUGUGAAAAUUUUUGCACUU